AAUAAAAAUGAAAAUAAAUAAUAAUAUGAGAGAAAGUAACCUUUUUUCCUUUUAUUCUUUUGUUCACUGGAGAACACAGAAUCCCCUUCGUCUUCAUCGCCUCUCCUAAAACCCUUCGCCCUGAACCUUACUUUACAAAAUUUGCAAACAUUCUCAAUUUGUGGAGCAAAUGAGUGGGAGAGGAGAAGAAGGGUUCACUCUUGUUGUGAGGAAGCCGUGUUUCAAUUUGCCCACUGGAUGCCCAGAUUGCUUGCCGGUUUACAUCUAUCUAAGAUUGGCCAAUCUUCAUUUCCAUUUGGAUUUCAAUCUCAUCUACCCUGAGUCUGAUAUAAUUCCUUAUGUUGAAACUGGUAACUAUGUGGCGUACAAUAACGAAAAGGGUGGGGUUAUUGAGUGUUUAAGACAGGAUGGUAUUGUUGAUCUUGAUUCCGAGUUUCUCUCGCUUCCGGAAUGGGUAUCUGCGAAAUCUAUGGUUAGCUCAUGGCUUGCAGAUGCAGUAAUGUACGAGCUUUGGUUGGGAACUGAUGGUGCUUCUGCUUCAAAGGUGUAUUAUUCUGAUCUUCCAUGGCCAAUUGGAAAAGUUUUGUUCUUAAAGAAACUUUACUCUGUGAAGCUUCAACUUGGGAUUAACAAAGAAAAUGCUGAGCGAAGAGAAGAGCAGAUAUAUAGAAAUGCUAAUCUUGCUUAUGGAGCCUUGUCAAAUAGGUUAGGAGAGCAAAACUUUUUAUUUGAGAACAGGCCAUCUAGUUUAGAUGCACUUGUUUUAGGACAUCUACUAUUCACUCUUCAAGUACUACCUGAAACUUCAGUGCUCCGAAGUAAACUUUUAGAGCAUAGUAAUCUUGUACGAUAUGCUGAGAAAUAUAUGACAGAGCUGGUAGAAGUUGGUACAUCAUCAUCACCACCACCUUCUUCCUCACGUUCCAGUACAGGAGCUUCAUCAUCAACACCAAGAAGGGGUCCUUAUAAUUGGAGCUCAAAACCGAAGCCGAAACCGAAGAGAGAAAAGACAAACGAGGAGAAAACAUUUAAAAGGAGAGGCAAGUAUUUUGUGGGCGCACAACUUGUAGCAGUUCUACUUUUUCUCACCCUCAUGGGGAGAGGUGAUGAUGCUGAAGUGGAGCUGGACGAUGAUGAUGAAGGGUAUGAUUAUAGUGAAUGAAGCAUUCUUCAAUAUCUACAUUUUUGGAAUUGAUAGACAAAGCCGGUAACUUUUUCUUUCAUUUUUUACUCUCACCAAACAUUUUGUUAGCUAACCUCAACGGUAAAUGGAAGAGAAGUUGCUUUGUUUGGUACAAAA